AAACCCUAAUUUCCCCAAAUCGCAAAGACCAGAGAGACAGACACUAUGAAUCUUCCAUCGUCAACGACGGCAACGUCAACCUCCGCUUCUUCCGAUGCAGCGGCGGAUUCCACCGAGAGAUGUGAUGAUUGCGGAAGCCUAGACGCCUGGGUGAUACACACAGUAAAACUCCGUGGAUCUCUCCGCUACUUCUGCACACAUUGCCUCCUCCGCAACCAUCCGACGUCGUUUUGUCCAACUUGCUUCGCCUUCUACGAUUCAUCUCCGCCGAAUACUUUUCGCCGCGUCGCUUGCUCCAAUUCCAAGUGCCCCUCCUUGACUCACAUUCAUUGCGCCGGCGAUGCAGAUCCCCCUUCUUCUUAUCUCUGUCCUCCUUGCCUGAACCCUACUUCUUUCUCCUUCUUCCGCCCUAUUGUCGACGCAAACGGCUCUCGCUCCGUCGAUAAAUCUCUCUCCCAAGCCUUCUUAUGCGCCGCUAAGAUCGCUGCUUCUUCUAUGAACAAAGCUGUUAUGGCUGCUAAAUGUGAUGCUGACCGGAGAGGAAGAGAAGCUGCUUUGGCGAAGAAGAGAGCUCGCGAGGCUCUUGAGCAUGUUGUCAUGCUUGACGCCAAGGAGAAGGCAAGAUCGGUUGUUCCAAAGCUGAAAGAAGCUUCCGUUGAUCAGAAACCAAAACUCAGUCCUGCAUCAAAUGGUGGUACUGUGAAAGAAACAGAGAGCUCUGCAACUACUACUACGACUACUACUACUACGACUACUACUAAUACUACCAAGAACAAUGGAGGCACAGAGAAACAGAAUCCGGCAACACAAUUAGCUAAAGUUAAGCAAGAAGCUGAUGCCUCUAGAUGAAAUCAAUGUUUAAAGUUUCAGGCACAACAACUUCAAGCAUUUCGUCUUCUGAUGAAAGAAAGCUGAUUCUGAUUCGAUCUCAAUGUAGAUUGUAAGUUAUCUCUUUUUUUUGUUUGUUCAUGUUUUUCUGGAUCGUUUACUAUUUACUAUGUGUAGGAAUCUUUGGAACUGUGAAGUAAUGUUUUUUUCAUAAAUCAUAUGUUUCUGU